UAUCGAAUGAGUAAGAAUAGUUUUGAUACACUGCUUCAGACAGUAGGACCGAAUAUAACAAAACAAGAUACGACAUGGAGGAAGUGUAUACCACCUGAGGAGCGCUUAUCAGUGACUUUGAGAUACCUUGCGACUGGAAAUAGCUUUCGCUCAUUACACUACGAAUAUCUACUGGGGGCCACUACAAUCAGAGAAAUUGUGAAGGAUACAUGCGAGCAGUUGUGGCAAUGUCUAAAGCCUAUUCAUAUGGCAGAAAAAACUGAAGAUGAUUGGAAGAUUAUUGCCAAACAGUUUUUAGACAGAACUGACUUUCCAAAUUGCAUUGGUGCUGUGGAUGGGAAACAUGUGAGACUGAAGAAGCCUGCUGACAGUGGCUCAGAGUUUUAUAAUUACAAAAAUUAUUUUUCGACAAUACUUUUGGCCGUAGUGGACGCUGACUAUUGUUUCACUGUGAUAGACGUGGGCUCGUACGGAGCCAAUGGGGAUUCUAAUGUGUUCAAGAAAUCCAACUUCUAUCAAAAACUGAAAUCUAAUCAGUUAAACAUUCCAAAUCCUCAAAAAUUACCACAAGACGAGGAAGGAGAGCCUCAACCUUUUAAUUUUGUAGGAGAUGAAGCAUUUGCACUGCUGAAGACUCAUCAAGAAGAGACUUUCGAACCCACUUCUUCAAAUACAAUUUCAUAG